ACCACGGUUUUUCAAGAAGCACGUUUUGGGAAACUGAAGACGGUUGCUCCGAGAUAAGACCGGAUGCACAGUGACAUACAGCGCGUUUAGGUGUGAGCGCGCCCUGUGGGAUGUGUGAGUGAGUUGGACAGCCGAACUGACUGAGGUUAGGCCUACCACGCUUUUUUUCUGAAGGUUAUAACGGGAUUUUGGCUCCGUAUGGAUGCCGCCAAAAAGACUGUGGAUAUCCUUACAGCUUGAGAAAUUUUCGAAGUGAUCUCACUGAAGCCUUAAUUCAGUUUUUUCAAUUUCAAAAUUAGCGGAAUGAGAUAGUGGCUCUUGAAGACAUGACAAGGCGUCUGUGUGGAUUAUGACAGUGAGAUAGGCUCACUUAGAGUGUUGGAGUUGUCCAAAAGUACACGACCACGCCUCAAAAUGGUGAAAAGUCUAGGUCUGUUCCUACCCUGGGUGUUCCUGCUCUCGGUGUUUGCACAGACUCCAUCAGGCCCAUGCGAGGACACACUGACGUCUGUGACAAUGGAGGUGUCAUCGGUCCUCCUCUCCACCAUCUGCCGCGACAACAGCACCACAUACCUGGUUCUCACCUGUGGCACCUCUCGCUGGGAGGAAAGUAUACGAGGAUUUUGCAGUAGUUUCGACUUGAAUAUUGCACAAGCUAAAAUGAGCCAUGUGCUGGAGACCCCAGUGCUAUCCCUCCAGAUGAUCAAAGGGGGAGAAACUCUGGACGCGGCAAGAGUACUGGUUCUUGGCGCUGAUCAGCUCGGUCGUCACAAGAUCUCGGUCUGGGGGCACCACAACACCAGAUUCGUUCUCAGUAUUAGCAGAGUGUGUUCGGGUGGUCUGGAUAACGUGAUGAGAAAAUCACUGUCUUCGACUGACCGAGCAGACAAUAGUAUUUCCAAUGACGGGUUACGUCAUAAACCAAAUGCGUCACUUUUCGAGCCUCAGGUGCCUACGAUAAGUGCCAGAAACAUAGGGAAACCUGAAGAUUUCUUUGGGAAGAGUGAAGUCUCAAAGAAAUUGCCUAGUGGCAGAGCCAGCGCAGAAGUCGUAAAUGAGGCUGACGUCAUACAAGAUUCAAGGUCCAAACAAUCACAGUCAAGGAACGAGUCAAUGCCGCGGGUUGGGCCAAAAAGAGAUAGGGGAAGCACAACUCCAAGCAGCUUGGCAAUAGCUAAGCUUCAGUGGAUGGAAAAGAAAAGGGUUGAAUUCGAAAGGAGAAUGGAGUCUUUCAGAAAUUUUGUGCCUAGUAGUGAGACUGGCGCUUCUGAUAGUGAUAGACCGCAGCAAGAUUCACCUCAAACUCGUGAUUAUUCUAGUCUUUCUCUUGACUCGGUACAUUUGAGACCAAACUCGUCUCAUUUGAGUUAUCGAGAACAAUACUUUCUGCAAGAAGAGAAACAGUCACGUAUGGAGAACCUAAAGAAAUCUAAAAGUCGAUUUCACAAAGCAAAUCCCUCUGGAAACGUUCACACUCUGAAUGAGAGAAAGAUGCAGGCGAACGUGAAGUCUGAUCCAGUGGAAUUAUCUUCUGGUCUCGCUGGUGACGUACAAAACGACCAAGGAAUCCAAGAGCCCAUUAUGGACUCACAAAAAGUAGAUGAAACAAACUUAAGUGUGGACAAGUCCAUACAUUCACAAGUUGGACCGUUCAAAACGUUUCCUGAUUCGGAAUCUUUGAAUUCCACAAAUCUUUUACCAGAGGAACCUGUGGCUUUCGUAAAUGAUACAGACAGUGCUGCUUUAGAUAUUUCCAAAAUGACAGACAGCCGAGUUUCAUCUAGUGUCAACGUAAGUCUAGUGCCAUCUGUUGCAAUCGUCCCACUUGUAACGAGCUCUGUUGAGUCCGAAAACCCGUCUAGCAGCAGAGACAGGGCCGCCUUGACACCACUUGUUUUGUCUUUGCCUAUGUCUGAGAUAAGAACAAGAGAAACUGUAGGGGAUUCUCUUGGUCCGGCUGCCUUUAUCCCUUCUCUUGUGCCUUCAGCCAUACAGGCUUCUCAGGAGGUCGAAUCCUCACCCACAUCCCUUGUGGUGAAUAUCAUUACCCCGAGUGUUACUGCUGAAGCAAUUUUUGGAAUCAAUUCAAGUGAAGACGGAAACGACGCAGGUGACAGUCUGUCUUCCAAUGUUGGGGCGGCACAAAGCACUGAGCCUCCAGUGACUUCUCCAGCUAUUUCAGCAUCUAUAGCACCGUCAUUUUCAGACAAAUCAAGUGUGCUGAAUUCUGUUUCUCCAAAUACACAGGCUACCCCUCCUCCUUUCUCAAAACCUACUGUUCUUCCCAAUGUUCAAGUACCCAGUACUGCAGCUCCAGUCAAACCAGCGCCCUCUAUACCUCCAUCAUCUUGGCAACAUGCCAAACCUUCAGUGGCGCCUCUUCCUCGUGUUAAUACAAACACCGUUCCUGGAACGAGUGAGGUCGCCCCUAAUAAGAUCUCUCCUUCACCAACUGUGUACACGCCACCACCUACUACUCAGUCACCUCCUGACCCAAAACUAUCGACAUCUGCUGGAAGCAAUAUUGAACAAACUUUUCCUCCGUCGCUCGUGCCCUCGACUUCCGCUUCAUUGAUAGGAAAUUUACAGCAAGCUUCCAAUCCUACACCACCUCCUUCCUCGUUUCGUGGAGUUGAUGUUUUCGUUUCUUCUGAAGACUUCCUAGAGGCUUCAGAUACACCUGCUCUGCUUCCACAGCCGUCGCAAACUACAACAAUGUUUUCGAAUAAUGGCUUAGCCAGUAAGGAGAUCACGGACUCCAUCACGGCUAACCAACCCCGGGAUUCGUUUACGUCAGCUACAGACAGCGUAUCAACUGUCACCUUGGCGUCGGGCUCAACUAGCAGUAGCAGCAGCAACGACGGGGAGAACGAAGACGAGGAUGACCUCGGCGGUGACGCCCUUUGGCCCGUGAUUGCCGCGCUGGUGGUCGGCAUUCCCUCCGUUGUCGUGUUCGGCAUCGCCAUCACUGUCAUCCACAGACGCAGACGACCGAACCCUCAGAAAUUCUUUUCCAUGAAGACUUUGAGGACCCCUCAAAGUGGCAGCAGAGACAGCAACACCCCUCGCUCCAGCAUGGCGGCCGCUCGCUCCUCCGUGGAAGUAUGACAACCAAUGGAUCAUCAUCAUAGUUCUUGUUAGGAAUGACACAACUGGUUUAUCUGCGGUGUGGAUGAUGACUACUAAGCGGAAGAAGACAAUCUUGUUGAAGCCACGCGAAAACUGGUCCAGUCUGAGAUUUAUAAACUUCAAAACAGCACCGUAUUUUGUUGCUUAGGUUUAGAAAACACUACUAUUCGAAAUGGAUUUUAUACCUUAAAUAUGAAUACAAGAAUUAAUAGAAAUUAUCAAAGAUGUUUGUCGUUCAGGUUUUUAAAAAAUCUACUUGAAGUAAUAGAAUUAUUUGAUGAAAUACAACAGACAAAUCAUUGGUUGGGAUAUAGUACACUGUUUUCUGUAUUACUCUAUUAUUGUACCUUUAAAUAGUAUAUGCAGAGUGCGAUAAAAGUAGGAAAAACAAAUCAUCGGCAGUAUUUGCUAAAUCUCUUAUUUCCAGUCUGAGAAAUGCCUACAACAAAGAAAAGGGAGGGAGGGAGAGUAGGCUGCGUUAUGAAAUCAGGAAGUGCUCCACAGCGCUUAACUUCACGACGGUUCACAGGUUCCACGCUCAUAACUCUCACUGUUGAAGAUUGAUGACGUAUGCUGGUAAUGAAUGUUUUAAAGAGCGCAGGUGUUAAAUCUAAGUUGAAUGAGGAGGUUUUUAGUUUUUGUUUUUGUUUUUAUUUUUUUAAUUCAUAAAGAAUCAAUCAUUGGUGUGAUGUGUUUGUCGAAUUGUUCAAACAGAAAUGAAUCGCUUUACCAAAAGUUGCCUUGGGAGUACAUGUAUACAUGUACUUGCUUUCGUGUGUCUUUCAUUAUGCUCUGCGGUCAUGCUGUUGUUUCCAGAUAUAGAAGUUUCAAACAUCGUUCUAACCUUGGCUCGGGAAGUGCUUCAACAGUUAACGAUGCCAAUGAUUAAUGUUUGAAGAUGCAAAUAGCAUUUGGACUUAAAGCAUGCACCGAUACCUGAAAUACGUAGUACCAAAACAGGAGCAGAAUGUAAGAGCAGAACUCUACAGAAGAAUGUCGCACACCUCCAGAGUUUUCACUAGCACUCCUCUUCCGAGAUCGGCAAAGAAUUACUGAAAGUAUGCCCAGAAAAAUCUUACAAAUCGUCUCUGCUCAUCAGUACACGUGAACGGGCCUCAGUGUUUCAGUAAUAAUAAUAAUAUGUGCCAACUUAAAGCUAAAUAUAAUCUUUAUGUUUAACUAGAAAAAUAAGACACAGAGGCCGGCUUGUGAGACUAAGACAAUGUAUUUGCAUAACUGUUAGCAGUCGUCUGAAUUCGAUCGAAUUAUAUUAUUAUGUCUCAACUAGCCU